AUUGUGGUGCCAUUCAAUGUAGGAGCCAAGGAAGAUGGUUUUCAUUUUCUUUCUGUGUUAAUAUUUGUCUUUACUCUUUCCACUUAUGUUUCUCUCAACAGGCUAUGCUAAAGAAGUAAAGAUAACGGAAAGGACGUUUAACACAUGGAAAACUCCAGAAGCGGAAGUUGCCCUGUCUUUUGUCACCUUCAAUCUCUCCAUCUCUUUGUAGUUGCUAGCUAAUUCUUUCUUCCAUCUUAUGCAAACACAAGAGUAAGUAACCGUUGAUCCAUAUCUUUUUAUUUUUUUAAAAAAUUGGGGUUAAUUAUUAUUCUUUUAAUAUUAACAAUGAGAGGGUUAGCAUUAUGUUACAAUGAACAUGCGAUUAGAGUGUCCGAUUCGUAUUGUUCUUCAAAGCCUUCAAGCCAAGCCUAUCUCUGUCCAAAGAUAACCCUUUCUUCCACCAAAUACUCUGUUACUUCAGUUUACAAAGUCAACUUUAAUUCAACGCAAAAACCACAACUACUCUUGAUAUCAAUAACUUGGACCAAGAAACUCAUAGGCCAAGGCUUCGUCAUAACCGUUACCAAUAAUUCUGAUCCUUCUUUCCACUCCAUACCAAAGGAGCACCAAUUAAGAAAAAGCAAAGGAAACGAAACCUUGGAGUCUCAGAACCUUCACGUUCAAGUCUCGUGGGAUGUCACUGCCGCAAAAUACAGCAGCGAUCAAGGGCCAGAGCCUAUUGGCGGGUUCUACGUUGAUGUUUCGGUGGACGCAGAACCCUGCCUGCACCUCGGUGACAACAAGAACGCCGAGGCAAAUGGUGGCUAUGGAAGCUUCUCGUUGGUUUCUAGAAUCGAGAGGUUCUUUGGCAAUACUAUGUUUUCGACGAAGACGAGGUUCUCUGAUGCGGGAACCUCGCACGACAUAGUGAUAAAUUUUCGUACGGAAGACGAAGAAUGUUACAAGGGACAUGGACAUGAUGAAGUAGUAUUGUGUGUGCAUAUGGACGAGAAGAGAAUUUUGCAGGUGAAGAGGCUGAAGUGGAACUUUCGCGGGAACCAAACUGUUUUCGUGGACGGUUUAGUUGUGGAUAUGAUGUGGGACAUUCAUGAUUGGCUUUUCUUCGAUCAAAACAACAGAGGCUCUGCUGUUUUCAUGUUCCGUACGAGGAGUGGAUUGGACAGUAGGUUGUGGUUGUUAGAAGAGAAGGAUUUCCAGACAAGUGACAAUGGAUUCUCUUUGUUGAUAUGUGCUAACAGUAAGAAUCCUGAUUGAUUCAUUCACUUAGCUUCUAUAUAUUAUUAUAUAUUAUUAUCUAUCAUUCAACUGGUUUUUCUUUCUCUCAAG